AUGUGUGAAAACGGAGAUAUGUUGGAUUGUAUUUCAGUUCACAAUUUUUCGGAGAGAUUUAUGGAGCAGACUGUUCAUUUUCAUGUCAUGAAGCUCUCUGGUGCUUUUUUCCUCUGGGUUGGUUCGAGUCCACUUUUGUCUAACUUGGCGGUUUCAAUGAGCAGCAGAUAUGACUCAAUGCCAUUAUCUACAUUAGUGAUGGGGGACCCGUCAGAUACUGCCCCAAAUUCUUUGGCACAGAGAUUAGCAAAGAAGACCAAAAAGCAGGUGUUUCUUAGUUACAGCCUUCCAAUGGCUGACUCCAGCCUGUCUCUGCUAGUGGAAAACAGAAUAAAAAAGGAACUUGAGCUUCAUCCAGGGAAGUUUUGA